UUCGUGUGACGUCACGGUCAGACAUGCAGUAGUUUUCAUGUUCAAAUCUGGGUAGGGUGUUGGGCUGAAAGUUGCAGCUAGUGUGUGGCUUCGUUUUAUUGUGAUUUGUUAGCAUAGUGCAGUUUCGAACGUAUAAUGAAUUGUGUUUUUUACUCGUGAGACGUCAUGUUCCGUUGCAUACCAAUAUUUAAAGGGUGUAAUCGGCAGGUUGAAUAUGUUGACAAGCGUCACUGUUCACUACCGAAUGUCCCCGAAGACAUCUUGCGAUACUCACGGAGUCUGGAAGAACUUUUACUCGAUGCUAACCAUAUCCGCGAUCUCCCAAAGAACUUUUUUCGUCUGCAUCGACUGAGAAAACUAGGAUUAAGUGACAAUGAAAUUCAUCGGUUACCUCCAGAUAUACAGAAUUUCGAGAAUCUUGUCGAAUUGGAUGUUUCCAGAAAUGACAUUCCUGAUAUUCCUGAAAAUAUCAAAAAUCUUCGAGCACUACAAGUGGCUGAUUUCAGCAGCAAUCCCAUACCCAGAUUACCCCCAGGAUUUGUGCAGCUUCGAAAUUUGACAGUGCUUGGCCUCAAUGAUAUGUCUCUCACAAACCUGCCACCAGAUUUUGGAAGUUUGGUGAGCCUACAGUCACUUGAGUUGAGGGAAAAUUUGCUGAAAUCGCUUCCAGAAUCCUUGUCUCAGUUGUCUAAGUUAGAACGCUUAGACUUGGGUGAUAAUGAGAUAGAAGAAUUGCCACAUCACAUUGGUAAACUUCCAGCACUACAAGAGCUCUGGCUUGACCACAACCAACUACAGCAUUUACCACCAGAGAUAGGCAACUUGAAGAAAUUAGCUUGUUUGGAUAUUUCGGAGAACCGACUGGAAGAUCUCCCAAAUGAAAUUGGUGGUCUGGAGAGUCUCACAGAUCUGCAUUUAUCACAGAACAUGAUUGAGAGUCUACCAGAUGGUCUAGGGUAUUUACAGAAGCUUACAAUUCUUAAGGUUGACCAGAACAGACUGGUUUCAUUGAACCCCAAUAUUGGAAAAUGUGAAAACCUUCAGGAACUAAUCCUGACAGAGAACUUCCUAAUGGAGCUCCCAGUAACAAUAGGAAAUCUGAUCAACUUAACAAAUUUAAAUGUGGACCGAAAUAUCCUGCAGAGCUUGCCAAUAGAAAUAGGACGACUGUCACAGCUUGGAGUUCUUUCAUUACGUUAUAAUAAACUGCAAUACCUUCCGUCGGAGGUCGGAAACUGUUCAGAACUUCAUGUAUUGGAUGUUUCUGGAAACAGGUUACAGUAUCUGCCAUUUUCAUUGACAAACCUGAAUCUGAAAGCUGUAUGGCUGGCAGAAAACCAAGCUCAACCGAUGCUGAAAUUCCAAACCGAUGUGGAUGAAGAAACAGGUGAACAGGUUUUAACUUGUUUCUUGUUGCCUCAACUUGAAUACCCGGAAAACGCUAAUGCAGACGCUUUUUAUGAUGGGCGAUUGUAUCGUUGUGGUAUUAAGUUUAGUGGUGAGGAUCUUAAUGAGACGAGUGAUGGAGAAGCUAACAUGGCUUCUGUCUCACCACCAGAUAAUCAACGGGAAAGUGAUGAUGAUGGCUGGGAGGAACGAGAAAAGUCUAGAGCGCACUCUGUCAAAUUUACAGAAGACCUGGACACUGAACUGAAUAAAGAGACGCCAUUUGUACGCCAGAAUACUCCUCAUCCAAAGGAAUUGAAAGCAAAGGCCCAUAAACUUUUUGCCAAAGGAAAGUUGCCAGAUGGAAAAAUGCCUCAUGAGAAUGAAGAUGCGAAACAUCCAGGAGAUAAGCAGACAAUGGAAAGUGAAUUGCAACAGAAAGAUCAAAAUGCCAUUGCAGAGAAUAAUGUUGCAUCAGAUCAAGAGGAAAGCAAGGAGGAAAUGAUGAGGCCAGGAACAACAGUGCAGUCUGUUCUUCCCACUCCAGCUACAGCACCUGCAUCUGUUUCUGAGGCAGAGCCAAGUGCUAGUGAAGGACCAGAAUCGGUGACUGUGAGUGAUGCUGUGGAGCUGCGUGAGCACAGUGAGACUGAUGGGGAAGAAGUACUUACGGAAGACCAAGAUGACUAUGAGAAACAUGUUGGCUUCGAAGUGGAGGAAGAAGAUAAAAGUACGCGGCCCAACAGGUUACAUCGUAGAGACACUCCUCAUCAUCUUAAGAACAAACGCAUAAAUGCCCAGUUGGAUCAAAGCAAAGUUGCCUCCCUUAUUGCUCAGGCUAUCAGCAGAAAGAAGGAUGAUGAAGUAGAUAAGGGGACAUUCUACCCAACACCACCAGAGUCGAUAGGUGAUCAUAGUCAAGAUCAAGAUGCUAACAUUGAGGUGCGUGAAGAACAGUAUGAAAUUCACAUAGAAAGGACAUCUGCUGGACUGGGCCUGUCAAUUGCAGGAGGAAGAGGUUCCACGCCUUUUAAAGGCAAUGAUGAAGGCAUAUUCAUCUCACGUGUAACGGAGGGGGGUCCAGCAGAUUUGGCUGAUCUGAGGGUUGGUGACAAGCUCGUUAAGGUUAAUGGGCAUUCCCUUAUUGAUGUAGAUCAUUAUGAGGCAGUGGAAGUACUGAAAGCAGCUGGAAGUCACCUUGUUCUGACAGUUGUAAGAGAUGUUCCACACCUUGUUCCUGUUACGGGUACCAAGUUACCUGAAACCAUCACAGCUACACCAAGUCCAACACAGACACCUGUUGCGACACCAACACCAAUAGCAAGACAGCCUUUGGGACCAGGGUCCGUGUCGUCUAGUGCGAGUGCAAGCAGAGCGCCAAGUGCAGCAUCUCAUGUGUCCAGCUACGACACAGCAACAAGCCAUGACCCUGAGCAAGAGAUCAGAACUAAAGCAUAUACAGCUAAGAAAAUUCCUGAACCAAUACAGCCUGUUAAGAAUGCUGAAGUUCGCAAGCAAACAGUGUAUACCACACUGAUUAGGGACCAAAAUGGGCUGGGCUUUAGCAUAGCAGGUGGUAAGGGUUCACCACCUUACAAGGAUAAUUCAGAUGCAAUUUAUAUCUCCCGUAUAACGGAAGGCGGUGCAGCCGAGAGAGAUGGAAAACUUAUGGUUGGUGACAGAGUAAUGUCAAUAAACGGUGUGGACAUGGAAGGAGCUCGGCAUGACCAAGCAGUGUCCAUGUUGACUGGUCUUGAGCGGUUUGUGCGUCUGGUGGUGGAACGAGAGGUGUUGGUUCCCUUGGGCAGCAGCCCCUCACCCUCCCCAAGCCCAGGCUCCGAGAAAUCCCCACGUGUGUUUGGAGUGCCAAAACCGUAUACAGGACUAUACAGUGCAAACAGUUACAUGGCAAACAGACCUGGUUAUGUGGGAUAUCGCAGGGCUGCUGUGGAGCAGCCAGUAUCCAACACUGCACCUAACUAUGGUAAAUUGCCAGGACUGAGGAAUGAUCCUUCACCACCUACAUCGGAUGUGGUGAGAAAGGAAAUGAAGAUAGAAAGUGCAUCAUCACCUGCAGAAAGUGGUACAGAAGUGCUGCCAAACCACGUGCCUCCAUCAAAACCUACAGAACCUCCUCGACCAGCUCCACGGCGCCUGAACCAGCCGUCUGUGGCUGGCAGCACAUCGUCGGAGCAGCCCCCUGUACAGGUACUACCCAAACCUUUAACCAGUGAGGAUUUCCAGGCUAUGAUUCCUGCCCACUUCCUUCAACCUCCUCCAAAGCCACCAGGUCCAGAUAUUGCUGGCCCUACUGUCGUUGUGACAAUAAAACGACCAGAGACACCAUUGGGUGACAUCAAGUUUCCCCCUGCCCCAACCACUCUGGGUAAAGUGACAGAGACCAUCACUAAGAGCACCUUCACGGAGACGGUCGUGACCAGAGUUACGGACAACAAGGAGAUCCGGCCUAUUGUUACUGAGGAAGUUGUGCUGCAUAAAGAAGGUGGUUCACUGGGAUUCAGCAUCAUUGGUGGAACUGAUCAUUCAUGUACUCCAUUUGGAGCCACUGAGCCAGGAAUUUUUAUAUCACAUCUGGUUCCUGGAGGUAUUGCAGCACAGUCAGGGAAGCUGAGAAUGGGUGAUCGUAUUCUGAAAGUUAAUGGUGAAGAUAUUACCAAAUACACUCAUAAAGAAGCGGUGAUGGCACUUUUGAAGCCUGGUGAUGAAAUACAUCUUGCUGUUCAGCAUGAUCCUUUGCCAGAAGGUUAUCAAGAGCUACGAAUUGUAAAAGCUGAAGGAGAGAAACUUGGUAUGCAUAUCAAAGGUGGUCUCAGGGGUCAUAGAGGAAAUCCACUUGAUCGUACUGACGAGGGUGUGUUCAUUUCCAAAAUAAAUUCUGGAGGUGCUGCUCGAAGAGAUGGAAGACUGAAGGUUGGUAUGAGACUGUUGGAAGUCAAUGGGAUAUCACUGCUUGGAGCUUCACAUCAGGAAGCUGUGAACGUACUUAGAAGCUGUGGCAAUGAAAUAAACAUGGUUGUGUGUAAAGGUUAUGAUAAAGCAGAAGUUGAUAGGCUUCUUGCAGAAGGCAAGCUCACAAGGGAUUCAAAGUCAGUUUCACACAGUGUGUCAAGCCUCGACAGAGACGAUGAUGAUUCAGCAACAAUACGUAAGGAACAAGAAAUGAAGCAGGAGCUGGUGGAGUGGGAACGAGAAGAACAGGAAAGAAAAGAGAAAGAGCUGGCUCUUCUCCACAGCAAUGAUGCCGUCGUUUCAAUGGAUGAUGUGCGGGAGAAAUCUACACCAGAAAAGGUUCUGGAUGUUGUGAGAGCAGCAGGACUGCUUGUUAGCAAACCAUCAAGCCCAACAGAAAUGAUAGCACCAAAAUCACCUGGAGGACCAAAAUCGGAUCUCAAGACCACCACUAUCGUAAUGAGCAAACAUACACUAGCCCCCCAGCCAACAGCGCUGGUCCAGAAGUCUGAUGCUACCUCCACUACUACCCUUCCUCGCAUGGGCCCUAGCUCGCCUGGUCUUGGUCAAGGUGCCACUCUGCAUUAUGCUACGUUAUCCCAACAGACAAGCAAUAGUACUCCAGCUGCUUCUGUAAUUGGAAGAAACAAUUCCACUUCUUAUGUCCAAACAUCCCCUCAUCCAAACACUCCUCCUGUAGUGCAAUGUGAACCAGCUACUUUUCCUAACCAGACAUAUCCUUCUAUGCCUUUAUACAGCCGCUAUUCCACACUUCCUCCUAGCAAUAACAGUGAACGAGUUGACAGUGAAGCCUUCUCCUCAGUGGAGGACUUGCUGGAUCCCAUUGCUCGCAGCAAAAAGCCUAAUGCUCGCCUUUCAUCCAAGAAGACUGAUGCCAUUGAGGCAGUGAACAAUGCGGUUGCUAACAAAACUUCUGUGAGCGAUAAGAUGAAGUUUUUUGAAAAGGCAAUGGAAGAACAGCAUCAACCUUCUCCAAAACCAGAGAAGGUCUUCAGUUUCCUGAGCCAGGAUGAGGUAGAGCGAAUGAAACAAGAAGAAGAGAAGAAAAUUGCAUCCUUGUCAAGACAUGAACUUAAGAGCUGGACACAGUUGGAUGAUGGAGAUGAUGAUGAUUUUGAUGAUGCCUUACAGGAGAGAGUCAUCAAAAGUGUUUCGGGAACCAGUGCUGCUGGAAGUAUCCACACAGCAAAGGCUGAACGAAGGCUGAAGGAGAAGCUGCAGCAGGAGGGCCUUCUGACUUCGGAAGAUGAGAAGGAUCUUUCACCAGCUGAACAGAGGGCAUUAAGAGCGGAGAAAAGAGCUGCAUGGAGGCAGGCACGGCUAAAAUCCCUUGAACAGGACGCAUUACAGGCUCAAAUGGUCAUUAAGAAAAUGAGUGAAAUGAUUGAUGCCAAACCUCAGAUUUCUGAUACCAUUCCAAGAGGGAGUAAUGGCACUGAUCAAGAUAAUGAGAACAAUACAGAGUUGCGCACAGCUUUACGGCCCUCUAGUGACGAUUUUCCUAAGUUGGCCCUGCGGGCCAGAGAAGGUGCAACAAAGGUGCGUGAAUCUGAGAGAGUAGUCGGGGAAAAGGUGACAACACGAACAGAAGAAUACAUAGAUGAGCAAACAGGCGAGGUGAAAGUUCGCACCGUAGAAUAUGUUGAAAAGCUGAUUGAGCGAGAGGUGGAGACUUUAAAAGAGAAGAUAAUUUCCUUGGAACUUUCUAAUCCUGAAAAUGAGGAGACAGGUGAUGGUGAUAUGAAUGGAAAUGAAGAAGACCCUGAGGGUGAAGAACUACCAUCAAGCCCUACAUCACCAACACCAUCUGAGGAAACAAGUAGUGCUACAGGCAGUAUGAGAAAACGUAGGCGGAAAAGAUCCAAGAAGAGUAAACAUACAUAACAACUGUACAUUGUGAAGCAUUCAAGAUGUUAGUGUUUUAAAAUGUGUACAAAUUAUCAUCAUAUAUAUUUAUAUUUCUGUUAUUUAAUAAACGUAUUAGAAGACACUAAGUGAAACUAGUUGAUGAACAGGAAUGAAGACACAUCCCUUUUAUACACACUUUUGUUAUAUCAAUGUAUUAUCUCGGUCAGAACAUUGUUUGAUCGAGGCGACUGAUGAUCAGCACCAUUAAACUUUCACUUGAAUUAUCAGUCAUUCCAGUAAAAACAUAUUUUCAUACAACAUGUUUUUAGUGUUAAAAUUUUGGAUAGUAGGCUCUUGAAACAUUGUGUUUUAGGUCAUCACAUCACAGAAUUUUUCAUUGAUUCUGCAGCUCGGUUUCAGUGACCAGUCAGUGCAUUUUAUAGUGAACCGUUCAUUGUUAUGAACUUUGUACUUCUGUAUGAUUCAUUCCUUGGCAAUUUCUUUUAUGCUUGCUGCAACUCCUAGAGUUUUCGCACCAUUUCUAUUAAAAGUUGCUAAUGCAUUGUCUGAUAUUUAAUUGUAUAGCAACGUGGACAGUUUUAAAAUUCUGUAUAUCUGUAGAACAUGCUUUUAUAUUCACAUGGCACAACACGCUCUGAUACUAGGGUGAUACAUAUUAAUUGUACUGUUAAUGUGAUAUAAUCAUUGGUCUGUACUGUAUAUUACAAUCUUAACUUGUGUAUUUUGUUAAGUGACAUUGCUUUGAAGUAUCUCUGUAAAGUUACUGGUAUUCUGUUUCAGCAAAUGUAUUAUAUAUAGGCUAAAUCUUAUAAUAAUGACUGAAUCUUCCCAAAUGCACCUUUUUUUAUGUAAGCCCACAGAACUAUUUGUAACCGAGGAUGCAGAAUUAGGUCUUAUUUUCAUUUUUCAUACUUUUAUUAUUCCCAAGUGGAUGCAUUAAACACACAUCACACAUUGUAGUUUUAAUACAUUUUUAAAAUCUCACAGAAGUUUGAUAUCUCAGAGAGAGAAAUAUAAAUAUAUUUUUGUUUACAUAAUGUGAAUAAUGUACAUAAGGAAGUUGUAGUUUGGAUGUUAUUUAAUACAAAUGUAUGUGGCAGCUGAUUAACAAAUUUAUGUAUGUUUGUAAGUAUGUGAAAAAUGUGGAGUCCUACAUUUUGGAUGCUUGAAAAAUGUUUACAGAAAUAACUGUGAAAAUUGGUGCCUGCAAGAAAGUUGCAUUUCACGGUGGAGGUUUCAUGUGUUACACAAAAUGUUAAACUAUAGAAGACUUAACUGUGAAAUGUAUAUGAUGAUGGACUCUUUUUUUUUUUAUAUAAAGUCCAAAUUAAAACGCUGAAGUACA